AAUAUCUAGCGCUUUGCUCUCAGUGUCGGUCGUAUGAACGGUUAUCCGCGCAACAUGUGUCGUUUUGAACGCGACGUUAAGUUGAGUGCGGUUAGGGUUAUUCGUUUGUCCGUUAACUCUUUAUAAUAAUUUUUAAGUUUUCGAAAAAUCAAUUACCGAAAAAAGAUUUAUUACUGCUAUACUCGUUUUGCGGUAAAGUUUUCUUUUUUUGGUUUGUAUUAAGUUUAAUUUUCUCUCGUGUAGUUUAAACUUCCAAAACUGGAGUAUUAUCGUUGGGACGCCGUCACCGCGUACUUGCCAAACCCCGCCGACAUUAUGGUGCCCGGCGGUUGUGCGGCAGGCGGAUCGUCAUCCGUCUAUCAGGGCUAUGUCGUACCAACUCAGUCCGUUUAUUGCCAUCGCAGUUCUUAUCAUCAUCACUCUCGCUUAAAUGCCGCUGUACCUUCUUUAUCCACCUACCAACACCUCAAUGUUCAACAACCUGUUGGUGUUUACCACGAUUGCUCUACAAUGUCUUCAUCCUUACAACUGUCUGCUUAUUUCCAAGAGCAACAGAAGCAGCAUCAGGUCAUGAACGACGACUCUUUAUCGUCUCCGCCAUUAGUGUCAGUGCCUCCAGUCAUUCCUGUGUAUAAUAAUAAUCAACUCCAUCAUCAAAAUAAAACCAACCCCGCGUCUUCUCCGACUUUAACUUCGCCAGCUGUAACACCCACAUACCAUCAAGUUGCACCACCACAACAAUAUCACGAUUGUUACGGAGUACCAGCGUACCCUUCGGUCGAAGAAACUGUGCCAGCCACUCAGCAGUCACAGUACCAUCAAAUAAACCAACAGCAAUCAUUACAAGCACAGGCACAUCAUCAAUAUUUGAUGUCACCUCCGGAUACCCCUCAACAGUACCACAACGACGAUUAUGGUUCGAUUAUGGGCUCUUCGGAGUAUAACAAAUCCAGUAGAGCUCAACGAAAUUUGGCUGAAAAACAGCGGCGAGAUAAAUUAAAUAAAUACAUUAACGAGCUGUCUACACUGGUGCCAUUGGUUUCUAGUUCGCCAAAAAAAUUGGACAAAACUAGUGUACUCAGACUCAGUGCGACAUGGCUGCGACUAAAUCAAAUGUUAACAGCGUUCAAAGAACAAAGAGAAAAAUUACCAAGCUACCUGAAUUCUGUAAAUUUGUGCGAAUUGUUAAUGGACGAUCGAGACAUAUACUUAUUAGUCACCUCGACUGGAAAAAUUGUAUUUGUGUCACAUACUGUAGAAAGCAUUCUGGGACAUUCUCAAAGAGAUUUGAUGGGACAUUCGCUAUUGAAUAUUACUUGUCCAGAAGAUCAUGAAGAACUUACUAAAAAUUUAAAAUAUUCAUUAGAUGAUCCUUCAUCGAACGACAACAUCGCUACUCCUGAUGAAGUUUCCGCUUCUCAAGGAAAACGAAACCGUCGUUUCAACAUUCAACGGCGUUCCUUUUAUAUGAGAUUGCUCAAACGGGCUGUAUCCCGAGGAGAACAGCCUGAAUAUGAAUUAGUACACGUUGUGGGCACUCUAAUGAUACCCAACAAAGCUAAAUGCAACUCCAAAGAUGCUGUGCUUAAUGGUAAUGAUAUUGUUUUAAAUGCCGUGGUAAGGCUGUACAAUGAACGCCGUGUAACUGAAGUGUCUGUUCUUGAGGCAACAAGAGAAGAGUACAUAACUAGACAUCAAAUAGAUGGACGUAUAAUUUAUGUUGAUCAUAGAAUAUCUGUUGUAUCUGGAUUCAUGCCUUGUGAGGUAUCUGGAAAAUUAGCAUUUACAUUUAUGCACAAAGAUGAUGUACGUUGGGUGAUGAUAGCUCUUAGACAAAUGUAUUUUAAAGGUCAAAGUUAUGGUAGUAGCUGUUAUCGUCUUUUAUCUAAAAAUGGUGAAUUUGUAUACAUGAAAACUUAUGGUUACCUUGAAUUGAACUCAAAUGAAGAUUCAAUUGAAUCUUUUAUUUGUGUUAAUACUCUUGUAAGUCCAGAAGAAGGCAAAAGAGAAAUAAUCAAAAUGAGAGAAAGAUUUACUCCUCUAAUACGUAAUCAAUAUGAACCUGGAAUAACUGCAAUAACAGGCAAUCAAUUGAUGGAAGCUGAUUCUACUACAUCUUUGGAACAUGCAACUACUGAAGAUCCUAAAACAUUAGACAAAGUUGUUGAACAAAUGAUUGCAAAUAUUCCUGGUCCAGCAAUUGAUAAUGUAAAAGAAAGUGCUCAAAAACUUGGUCCAUUACCAGAUAGCCAAUUUAUGAAAGUUGCAAUGCUAUCAAAAUCCUUACCACCUGUAGCUAAAUCUUCUAACCGACCAAAAAUUGACAAAUGUUCAUCUCUAUCACCUCAACCUGUUGUCAAACCACCUACUCAAGAUAGACCAUCUGUACUUAGAGUAGCUCCACCUAUUGCUCGGCAACCUGUAGUUGUUUAUAGUCCUCUUAAUGAAGAAAUCAAUGUGAAUAAAGAACAAGAAUAUCAUGAACGCAGAAGUGUUAUAUUGGUUAAUUCCAAACGCCAUAAUGAAUCUGAGUCAACUGAAAUUGCUCUCAAAAAAGCAAGGCUUAACCCAAAUACAGAAGUUAUUGAGUUACCAGCAUGCAGCCAAUAUAACAGUACAAUUCAAGAUAGUUCUCAAUCAGAUUAUCAAACUAAUUCUAAUGAUUUAUCUUCUCUGGAUGGAAUUUCUAGUUUUCAAAAUACUCCUUCACAGUUUGAUAAUGGCAGUGUUGAUGAACACGACAUCGAUUUAGAUCCUUUAACUGAUGAGAAUAUUAUGCCUGGUCUUUCACUUUUAUCGUUCCAACAAAUGCUCAAUGAUAAUGAAAAAUCAAUUGACAACUCAUAUUUGCCAACAGAAAAUUUUAAUAUGUCUCUUCAGUAUAACCCUAAUGGUAUUUUAAAAGAAGAAAAUCUUCCUGAUAUUAACAAUUUACCGCUCAUGCACGUUUUAAAACAUGAUGAAUGUAUUGAAGAUGAACUACUGAAAAAGGAACAAUUUAAAUUAAAUACAUCAAUUGAGCAGCAGGGUGGACAAAUUAAUGAUAUUCAAACUGAUCUAAAAUCUUUUCCAUCAAGAGCUGAUGCACAUUUAUUAUCUACUAAUUUGUCCAACUUAAAAACUGAGCAUGAAAAACAAAAACAAAUUCUACGCUCAUUACAAGAAGGACGGCAAAUAUUAAAUAAUCCAGUAAGACGCCAACCAAACAUUGGUGUUUAAUAGACUAUUUUUAAGACUUCUUAUUUCACUCGACAAAUAUAACAAUACUUUCCAGAUUAUUAUGUAGCCGUAUUAUGUAUACCUGACGCCUAAAUGUUUAACUAAUAUUUAUUGAACUUGUUAAUUUAAAGUAGGUUAAGAUAAUUUUUAUGUAAUAAAUAUAUUAAUAUAUAUUUAUGUAACCCUUGUAUAUUAGCUGUUAGAUAUUUUUUUUUUAAAUACUUAUAAUUUUUAUAGUACCUUGCUUCUUAUGUCCCCAAGUUAUCUGUUAUCAUUACUAUUAUUAUUAUUAUUAUUAUUAUUUUUAUUAUGAUUAAUUAUUAUUAAUAUUGUUACCUAGUA